CAACACUUCUGCUUAGAAAAGGUUUCAGCAAGUACUGUAUGACUUUGGCAUAAUGACAGCAGAAGAUUCUACUGCAAUGAUAAGCAACGAAUCAUCAAAUAUGUCUACUUCUAACAUUCCCGAGGGUGUUGCUGGAGCCCCCAAUGAAGCUGCACUGAUUAAUCUCAUGGAGCGUACAGGUUAUACUAUGGUCCAAGAAAAUGGGCAAAGAAAGUAUGGUGGUCCACCCCCAGGUUGGGAAGGAUCCCCUCCACCUCGUGGUUGUGAAGUGUUUGUUGGAAAAAUUCCCAGGGAUGUUUAUGAAGAUGAGUUAGUCCCAGUGUUUGAAAGUGCAGGUAGGAUCUUCGAAAUGCGCCUGAUGAUGGACUUUGAUGGAAAGAAUCGCGGCUAUGCCUUUGUUAUGUUCACAAAAAAACAUGAAGCAAAGCAAGCAGUCAGGGAGCUAAAUAAUUAUGAAAUAAGGCCAGGGAGACUGUUGGGGGUUUGCUGUAGUGUUGAUAACUGCAGACUGUUCAUUGGGGGCAUCCCAAAGAUGAAGAAAAGAGAAGAGAUUUUGGAAGAAAUCUCCAAGGUGACAGAAGGGGUACUUGAUGUCAUUGUUUAUGCUAGUGCAGCGGAUAAAAUGAAAAAUCGAGGGUUCGCCUUUGUAGAGUAUGAAAGCCACCGAGCAGCUGCUAUGGCAAGAAGGAAACUGAUGCCAGGAAGAAUCCAACUGUGGGGCCACCAGAUUGCAGUUGACUGGGCAGAACCGGAGAUCGAUGUUGACGAAGAUGUGAUGGAAACAGUUAAAAUUCUUUAUGUCCGAAACUUAAUGAUUGAAACAUCUGAGGAUACAAUUAAAAAGAUCUUUGGCCAGUUCAAUCCUGGAUGCGUUGAGCGGGUUAAAAAAAUAAGAGACUAUGCUUUUGUGCAUUUUUCAAGUAGGGAAGAUGCAGUGCAGUCCAUGAGGAAACUUAAUGGGACUGAACUGGAAGGAUCCUGCAUAGAAGUCACUUUGGCCAAGCCUGUAGAUAAGGAACAAUAUACUCGUUACCAGAAAGCUGCAAAAGGAGGCGCACCUGCCACGGCUACAGCCACUGAAGUGACCCAGCCCAAUUACAUUUACUCUUGUGACCCAUAUACCUUGGCAUACUAUGGAUACCCAUACAAUGCCCUGAUUGGCCCUAACAGAGAUUACUUUGUCAAAGGUUGGUACAUUUUACAAUUCAGUUAUAUCUAUGCAUUCACAAAAUUAUAUGAAAAUAUUUUUAUACAUAGGCAUUUAUGUAAUGACAAAGUUAGAAUAUUCUAGAGUAGUUUAAAUAAUGUUGCUUUACCCAUGUUACUACCUAUCCCCAAUUUAUUUGUCUGUUUUGAACUGCUCCCAUUUUUUUCCAACUAUGUUGUUCCCAAAUGGCUUCCAUUGUACUGAUUACUGUGCUGCGACUUACUUUCUGCAUCAAAUUAUUUUUCCCUUCCUGAGAAUGUGUAUUAAUCUUCAAUAUGAGUUUUGAAAUAUUUGUUCUCACUUCAACUUGCUUUUAUCUAAUCUGAACCUUGAUUCUUCUGCAAAUUAAAGGUAUUCCUUCAAAUCAA